AUGCAACCAUUAGUGCCAAUAGAGACAAGCAAGUCAAGUGAAACGUUAGGCCAAGGUGACUGGCUAGCACUUGAACGUAUAGAGUUUAUAGAUAAGCAAGGAACGAAGCGAAGUUGGGAAAGGUGUAUAAGAAGAAAAACUCAUUCGAGCAAAGUGGAUGCCGUCGACAUUCACGCUAUCAUUUUAACACCUGAGCCUGAGUUACUCUUGGUCAUUCAGUACAGACCUGCGAUUAAGCGUUAUUGUCUCGAGUUUCCGUCUGGGCUUAUUGAUGCAAAUGAUGAUGAUCCAUUGAUAUCUGCACAGAGAGAACUAAAAGAAGAAACAGGAUAUGUAGUCCCCAAGGAACAAAUGAGAUUGACAAAAUUACCAUUAGCCUAUGAACCUGGAUUGACUGAUUCUUGUUGCUAUGUUGCCAAAACAGUCAUUGAUCCAACUAUGGUAGAUUGUGCAGCACCUGAACCUGAGAUAGAUGAAUGGAGUUUGCAGACAAUUAGUUUACCAUUACAAGGACUCUUGGAACGAUUGGAAGAUUUAGAAAAGCAACAUGAUGGCUUAUUGGUCAUUGACAGUCGAGUGUAUUCACUUGCGUCUGGGUUAGUUUAUGCUAAAGAAUUUAAAUAA